AUGACGUACAUCAAGGAUCAGUUAACGGUCACAUCCACCAAAGCAACGCUGCUCUGCGUCCUGCAGCUGGACGUCCGCUCGAUAACUUGCCCUGGAGUGCUGCUGAAAGACAAAGCGGAACUUUAUCUCAGUGUCUCUGUACUUGGACAGUACAAAAAAACUCAAUGCGUCCCUGCAACAUUUCCACUCUUCUUUCAAGAAAAACUAGUAUUUGAAAAGGCAUUUGCUGAUAUUGUUGAUCCUGGAGACCUUGUGGAGUUACUGGAACUUGACACAGCAGUGCUUGAACUAAUACAGCUCGUUCCUCCAGGAAAAAUUCUAGCUACAUAUAAAGAAAAUACAAGAGAUUUCCUGUUCCCUGACCCUAAGCUUACGCGUGGGCACCAAGGUUUAGAUCGUGAGAUUUUAAUGAAGAGGUCCUCUUCUUUUACAGGAAUUGCACCAAAAUUGAGAUUUUCUACAAGCUCACUUAUUACAGAAAGUCUGUUAAGCUCAGGAAGGAGUCACAUACAGGGUGAUUUGAAUUGUGCACACCACUCAACCCCAAAUGGAAAACUGCAAACAAAGUUACCAAAGAAAAAUACUCAUUCACCUGAGAAGAGCAGGCACAACUUAGCAACAAAGAACUACGAGCAACCUACAAUAGCUUCUAAAUCCCGUUCUCCAUCUCCAUACACAAAAAGACGAAUGUGUGAGCUAUCAGAAGAAGCCAGGCAACGACUGGCCCAUUUAAACCUUGGUCCUUAUGAAUUCAGAAGAGAAACUGAUAAACCUCCAUUUGUAGUUAGACGGGUUGAACUACCAAGUCCUGUUGUUAAACUUCAUACCUGGUGUCCCACACGAGAAAGCACUGCAGAAGCCUGGACCAAGGUAGAUCAUGAUCCUUCUCUUCUCGGCAGCUACAGACCCAAGAAAGCUGAAGCAAAAUCUACUCAUGGAAAAGGUGUUGACAGUUCCGAUGUUUGCAAUGAGGAUGUGAUCUCAGAUCCACCCAACAGACCAUCCCAUUCUUCUGGUUCAUUAGAGCAUUCAGCACCUCCAGCAUUUCAGAAGCAUUCUCUAAGUUCUGUGCUAAAUCGGUCUUCUCUAAGGGAAAGAUUUAGCUCUAGUUGGCCUUCACCAGCAAAUGGAGAUGAGAUCCAUAAAAGAGUGAAAAAUAUUUUAAGGACACACAGUGCUAGACAGCGCCUAAUUUUUGAUGAGACUAACUCAUCAAAAGACUUGACUAAGACAAGAGCAUCUUCGCAUAAAGCGCCCUUAUCCCUGAGUGAACUGCAGAGCAGUUCACCAGUGCAUCAGAAAACUACUGUUCACUUGAAUAAUGGUGAAUAUUGGUCUAGUCGUGCGGCCGUAUACAAGGGGAAGCCUCACAGAGUGAUCUUUGAAGAGAGUCUCGAAAAAAUAUACAGAAACAUGUACCGAAAAGCUUCUGGCACUGUUUCAGACCAAAAAACACACUCCUGAUAGUAAUUCACCUGGAAACGCACAGUACACAGUGUUCAUAUUUGUAAUGAAACCUAUUUUUAUGUAACAAAUAUUUGUGCUCUGUUUUUAAGGUGGAAUUAUGGUUGGGCCGGGUUUUGGAGAUACAGGGGUUUGGCCUGUGUUGCCAAAAGGGAACUAUUAAAAUCCUCCUGCUCCCCUGCCUCGCACCUCCCCUCCUCCUCCCCCAAAAAAACUCAGCAACUGAGCCCCUUCAUGGUUAAGCACGAUGUUGUUGCUCCUUUGAGACUAUGAAAAGGUAAUCAUUUGAAGACUAAUAGGUCUGCUGGACACGCCUGUCUGACAUAACUCAGGUUUCAGCUGCAGCCAUUUCUUAUUAAAUAAUUAAAGCUAUUUAGUAAUAUAACCAGAAUUGAUUGAAGGAGCAAUAUGUCCUAGUGUUCAGACAAAGGGUCUAAAGAUGAAGGUGAAUGUGAGUGUUGAUUUAAAAGCAUCUUAUCUAGGACAAAGGGAAUUGUUUUCUAGAAAAUUGCCUUUGGAUUGUUUAUUUUUGAGAAGGGUAGAAACUGAUACUGACCUAUAGACACACUUUCUAAGUAGUUGCAACCACCUUUAGUCACAACUUUUCUAAUACUGUCAAAUUUUAAAAGAAACCACCCAGCCCAGCAGCCUUUGUAUCAAAAGAAAGGUCAUCUUCACACACCCUGUGCAUUUGAAAGUUUCCAGGUUCUCUUGAAUGCAGCCAUGACAUUUGCCAGUAUACUUGUAAUUUUAAAAAAUAUGAAUAAGAAAGGAGUGCAGAGGGGAAAAGACUAGAGCUAGUCAGCAAGCUCCUCAUAUACCCCGUACAGGCCGUCUGAAGUUCCUGCAUCACAAUCCCACCUAAUUUGGAGCUUGUCCUUCCCGGUCUGCUGGGAUCCUGUUGGCAGAAAUCUCAUCGUUUUUGCUAAAGGCCACCAAAUGUUCAUCAGCAGUUUGAUGCUUUCCCUGGGGAUGGAACCUUUUCAGCCUUGCAUUGAACAGAUCCCACAUUAGCAGACCGGGGCAAAUUGCCCAUCUACUGAAAAGCAGAAUGUUUUAAAAGGGCAAGAGUGUCCAUCUCCUGCUUCCUUUCAGAAUGGGGGGGGGGGAACAAAUGCCUGUUCUGGCUCCUUCCCUGACUGAGCGAACAGAUUCAGUUACACCAGUGCCAUUUUACCUGUUAUGAUUGGAUAAAGGAUGAAGCUAGCAGUACAGAUGGCAGAACAUAUGACUGUAACCUGCCAGCAUGCCUAGAUAAACAAAAAGUUGGUCUACUCUGCCUUCCAUCCUUUAAUGCUGAGACAACAUAAUUGAUUUGAGAAAGCAGUUGGUGAGCAAUUAUGCUAGUGGGGAGGCACAUUGAAAGGCUGUGUGCUUCUGUUUCAGGCAAGGGGACUCUCAGAGGAAGUGUCUUGCAUAUAGACAUUUCUAUUCCUUGUAACUGUUAAACCAGUUGAAGUGGGUUAACACUGGUAACUUCCUGUCCCUGAUGCCAUUUAGCACAUUAGUGCUUUCAAAGGGCAUUAGUAGCACAGUCUUAUGCUAUGGGUAGGUGUUGAGUCACUCUGUGAAGUAGCAGUACACUUUUUUUGCAGAAGUGAGAAGUCGAACUUACCCAAGCUGUGCCACUGAAGGCAUGGUGGCCAUGGAGUAUUGUGCUGCUGGUACCUGGUAUUCAUUCGUGAGCCUGUUCCUGUCACCCCAUAUUAUUCCAUAAAGAAACAGUUCUUCCUCCCUGCUGUUCAGGAAAGUAGGUAUAUUCAGAUGGAUCCUUAAUAAGCGGGACAUAUUCUGAGAGAUCCUUUCCAAGCUUUUGCUUUAAAAUGUUAUCUACUGGAACCUGAAGGUUGCUUCAGUUUCCUGUAUGUGUUUUGAGUCAUAAGAUUUAGUGUUCUCAUGGUAUCCCACAGUUUUCAUUCAGUAUUCUCUGUGUUUUCCCUCCCCAGUGUCAUAGUUUGGUAAAAGUUACAGUCUUCUGAAGGUUGGCUGUUCCCCUUUGGCCUAAUCUGGUUCUGUGACAGAAGUACCGUUCGAUUUUUCUCUCCCCAGCAAUGCAGCACUGCAGAUGUUGGUCCCUGUUUGUUCAGCAUGUGAGAAGGUCUGAAUGCUGAGGCGUUGGGUUUUUGUAUGGAUGAGUAAGGACACAAGUUGCCAUGAACUCAAGGCACAAGGAAGGGAUGAGUAAGGUUGAUUGGAGGCCGCUGUGAAAAGACAGGGGAAUGUUUUUGAGGGGUCCAGAGGAACGACAGGGGUGCAUCAGUUUUAUUCCCCCAGCUAAAGAAAGGAAGCACAUGGUAAUAUAACAACCUUCAGAUUUUCAUCAAAGAUGAAAAAUUUUUCAUCAAAGGUGAAAACUGGAUGGGAAAAAAAAAAAAAAAAAAAAAAAUUUUGACCGG